AUGAAAUCGACUGGCCCUCCACGUACCGUUGGCCCAGAGCACCAGCAGGCGUCGCCAUCGGCAUCCUCGAGUGAGAAAUCCCUUAAGCGCCGCAGGCGGGCCUUCUCCUGCCUAUCAUGUCAGAAGUUGAAGUGCAGAUGCGAAUAUGACCCCGGCGCCCCCGGCUGCCACCGAUGCCAGACCCUCAGAAUCGAGUGCUCUCUCCGCCAGGAGCAUGUAGUGACUCCGCCUAAUCCGGCCCCCGAGCUGGCCGGACCUGACGUCGAAGAGAGGUUCAGACGCUACGAGGACGAACUGCGGGAGCUCAAGUCUAUGGUAAAGCAUCUGACCUCCAAGGCCCAUCUGCAUGAUGACCGUGCCCGGGUCGGGAGGGAGUCUCCCCGGAACGACGACGGCGGCGUAUCACGGACGGACCAGGAGACCCCCAGCCCCGAGUAUUUUUCCAGCCCGGCAGACAAGGGGACCCAGUCCGCACCGGUCGUCGUGCUGAGAGGAAUAUCCCAGCAAAUAACCAAGGGGUACCGGAGAUUGCUAGAACACAUCGACGUGGAUCUUGUGCAACUGCAGCUGCUCGACGAGCAGACCGCCGUCGAGCUGAUUCAACUCUUCCACCGACACCAGGGGCACAACCUCCUCGUCUGCGGGGUCGGGGAUCUAACGGUAGGCAGUGAAAACCGUAGAGUGUCGGCCUUCUUACAUAGCGUCUGCUGCUUGAUGGGCAUCGUCUACCGCGACGACAUGUGCGGGCACCCGGUCCAUAGACAGAUCUACGAGCAAGUUCGAGUCACCCUCGGCCAGGCUCUCCUAUCCAGCCCGCUUAAUCUCGAAGAGAUCAACGCCAUCUUAAUCAUGAGCAACAAUGCAAAUGGCCCCAAUAGCAGCGGGGCCGAAUACGUCGAUAGCUGGCUGUUGACCGGCUAUUGCGCUAAACAGGCCAUGCUCAGCAUCAGCUUCUCCCGGAUCAUCGACAACAUUAAAAGGGGCAACCCGACGGCCAAGGACCACGGCGCAAUUCACUUGUGGUCCAGGAUAUGUCUCCAUCAUCUCCAUUGGGCUGCCACCACCGGCAGGCCCUCCAUCAUACCAACUCCUUACGUCAACCAAUGCAAUAUUCUGCUUAGCUUCUACCAGGCAACCAUGCAGGACGGCAUGCUAGUGGCUGAGAUCUCUCUCUACUCGGUGCUCCAUCAGAAACUUGCCCAGCAGUCGGCCCUCGGGGACGGCGAUGAAUGCGAAGAGUUUCUAUUGUGGAAAGAGAAGUGGAAACACUUGCUAGGACUUGGAACCUCAUCGAUGUUGAGGAUUGGAUAUCACGCCGCCUGUCUCAUCUUGGCUGUCAGGUCGCUGGAAGAAUCAGGCCACGCUCUACGGCCCAGGACAUUCCUCUCGGAGGCAGACGGCGACAAUGGAAGUGACGACGAAGGUCAUACUCUCGGGGCGCAGUCGAAAGAAACUAGGGAUAACGACGGAAGCGUCUCGCGAGCAAACGCCUGCAAGUAUGCCGUUCUCGUCCUCGAGACAUUCCUGGAGAUGCCGUCGUUUCUCAUGGACGCGAUCCCGACCUGCCUCUGCCUCUGCAUCGGAUACUGCGCCAUAACCCUGGCGCACUACGACGAGUCGCAGUCGAAGGUCUCGGACCAAGUCAGUAUCGACCUGAUCACUAGAAUUAACCAGUGGAUUCGCACGUCUCCCGGCAAAGCCUGGUCCUUCAAAUACGGCGCGCUUGCCAAGCAAAAGAUAGAGUCCCGAAUCAACGACAGGUCUAGCUGGCCGGGGGCUCGCCAUACGCCAACCGGCGCGCCUCUCCGGGAACGGGGGGGGACACGUGGCGACAGGACGGAUGCGGCGGCUAGCUCCGGUGGUCCAACUUCGCGCCAGCCCUCUGACGGGGUCGCGGAGUGCUGUGUUGGCGAAGUAUUACCACCUACGGCUCAGAACCUCGAGGCCGAGCCUAUCCUAUCGACGUUCGACAUACCCGAGGACGCGAUAUUUCCCAGCAUGGAGGACUUUUUCGGUGGUGGCUUCUUAGACUUCCUGGAGUGA